AUGGAGUCUGAGCUGGAGGUCAUCCGAUGCUUAAGAUUGGUACUAACUGACGCCGUCAAGGACAUUGUACAGCACAUAAUAUCUCUGAUGGGCUCUGGGAGAAGUUGUGAAACAAACCUAAGCAAGCACAAUAUCCCUGAAUGUUUGCUUGAAAGCAUCCCAAAAGAAUGGAAUUAUAUUCCAAAAGAAGCUAAAAGGAAAGACUCAAGCAAAGGUGCCUUCCUUGACAGAUGGAGUAAAGAGAAACUGGGUUUAAUCUGCGAGUGUUUGAAAAGCAUUGUGGGAGACCAGACAAGUAGUCCUAAUCAAAUGACCCAUAAGGUCACCCAGAACAUUGAGCAGCAGAAACCAAACUGGAUUGAAUGCCAAUUGUCGAAAGCAAGGAAACUGAGCACCGAAUGUGCAUUUAUGGCAAGAGAGAAAAGCACAGCCUCAGAAGAAGGAGAUACUGCUCUUGAACUGACUGAGCAGAAAAUAAACAUGAUGGUCCUGGAUAUCUGCCACAAACCAGGUGGCAGCGAGUACCUGAGGCAAAUUUAUCACAUCAUGCGGCUCAAUGAGGAGUAUUUAAAAGAGCAGCUGUUUUCUAUGAGUGGUUCAGAGGGAAAGCUAUUACCCAUCAGACCUUUAAAUAUGACCUUGAGGAGUGUGGAGGAUCAGCCUUCUUCCUUUAACCCUUUCCAUGUGUACAAGGUGUUCAGUGAAAACAUGCUCGAUCAGUCAGCCAUCACAAAAUGGAACUGGAAUUGGUCAGACUUGUUGCCAAAUUAUCUAGGACUGGACAAGAUGACCUUCAGUGUACUGCUGAAAAACAGGUGGGAAAUGAAGAAGGAUGAAACACUAGAAGAAGAAGAAAAAACUAUGCUGGAACAUUUAAAACGAAUUUAUACCACCCAGAACACUUCUGCUUCAGAUAACACAGAGGAACAGUCAUCUUCAGUAAACAGCAACAGCUUUAUUUUAGGAAAUAAUCACAUGUAA